CGAAACUCACUUGCCUCGAAUACUGGCUCGGUUCGGGGCGCGCGGGCACUAGCCUCCGUCUCGUCAAAAACCGUUGGCUUCCACAACCGGUGGGCGAAGCUGCAGCUGCUUCUGGUUCUGAACCUGACCUCUUUAAAUUCCACAAAUCCGACGCUAAACAAAAUUACUAAGGAAUAAGAAAAAUGGUGACGGUGAUAGUAGCCACAACCACCGAUCCCGCCUCGAUCAACCCAGCCACCGCCCUCUUGGCCAUGCCCGGUUGGCUCCCCGGUCCCUCUUUGUUCCAGGACAUCAUAAGCUUUACUAAUCGAAACGUUCGAUUACUUCAACACAACAAAAGCAUAGUCGAAGAGGAUGAUUUGGAUCGCCGUUGGGAAGAAGCCACCGGGGAGGCCGUCGACGAGGUUAUUUUCUUCAGCAAACACACCGCCGUAUCCAACCGCCCUGCUCUCACUGUUCACCCGAUCGGGGUGCCUCAUUUGCGUGAAGGAGAUGUUCCGCCACAGGGUGGGAGGCCCGGUUGGGCGGCGCCGCCUGACCCAAGGAUAGGGCCAUGGCUUAGGCUUUUGAAGAUAAUUGCUCAGUCUCAUAAUUUGGUUCCUGAAUUUGAGAUAACUUUGGAGGGUACCCAUCAUGGACCUAUAACAACCAAACCAACUAUGUUCCUUGAGAUUGGCAGUACAGAUGAAUACUGGAAGAGGCAAGAUGCUGCUCAAGUCAUUGCUCUAUUAGUUUGGAAAGGACUUGGGCUUGGAGGUGGUGAUGAAGUCGGAAAAUGGGGCAGGGAGAAUGACAAUAACAAAGUGCUUUUUGGAAUUGGUGGUGGACAUUAUGCUCCUCGACACAUGGAUAUAGUCAUAAACAGUAGUGUUUGGGUGGGCCACCUGCUUUCUGGAUAUUCCUUGCCAAUGGAAGAUCCAAGUCACUCAAAAGUAAAUGGAAAUACGGAAGUUAUUGGUGGAACCUGGAGAGAAUCAAUUAAAGUUGCAUUUGCGGCUACAAAAUCAGCUUUCCCUGGUGGGGAAGUUAUGGCACAUCUUGAUCACAAGAGUUUCAAGAGCUGGCAGAAAAAUGCAAUUACUGCAUUUUUAAGUGAGCAGAACAUUAAAAUUGGCAAGCCAAACGACUUCAUUUGAUUGCUAUUGGUUUCUGGAUGGACUACUUUUCCCUAGCAAUAAAUGUGCUAGGGAUUUUUGUCGAUGCAGAAGAAUUGAUUACUAUAGAAUAUAUACUAUAGUUAUUCAGCAGCAUCCAAACAAUUUUGGUAGGAAGCAAGGGAUCCACCACAGUAAAGGAUGAAUGACAAAAGAGCAGCCUGUGCGAGGAUGAUCAAAAAGUCUCUGCUGAUAUAUAAAUGCUUCAUGCUUUGUAUUUGUUUUUAAUGACUUGUUUUACUUUGUCCGUCAUGGUUACAGCUAGUUGAACAAUAUCAUAUAAGUAAUUAAGAAGUUUUGUAUUUAUACCUUGCUGCAUUUUUGCAGUUAAAUGCAAUAACAAAUCUUUUAUCAUGAA